UUUUUUUUUUUUGCCGUACAAUCAGAAUGAACGUGGAAGCUACGGCUAAAAAUCGAUCUAACUGUAUAGUGAUAUAAAAUGUGAGUUCUAGGGAUACUUGGGUUUAACUGACAUACAUAAUCAGAUUAGACUUGAUCGUUGAUACCUCUGUACUGAUGAUUGUUAAUAGUGAAAGUGGUAAGAUCGUAUAACUUUAAAUUUGUGAGAUUGAAUCCACAUUGUACAGGACUAAAUAGGAAACUUUUCUUCAAACAGUUACAUCAUUAUAUGAUUUCGAAUAUCUAUAUAAAUAAAUAUAUAUAUAUAUAUAUAUAUCCAAUAUCAUUUGAGAUUUGUUUGAUCUUAUUAUUUCAAUUCUAAGGAUCAAGUUGAUAAGAUGAGUAAUGAUUACAAUUUUGAUGAUGUUAUCCCUGUUGAGAUAAAUACAGAACAACCACAAUUAUGUCAAAUUUUAUAUGAUGAUGAAUAUAAAACUACCAUGGGGAUAUUGUUAGCCUUAUUGAAAAAUGAAGAAUAUUCCGAACGAGCCUUGUAUAUUACCCAGAAGGGUAUUGAGUUAUUAGCUUCUCAUUAUACGAUAUGGAUUUAUCGUUAUGAUAUUUUAACUAAGUUGAAUAAGGAUUUAUUUGAAGAAUUAGAUUGGUGUGAACAAGUUGCUUUGGAAAACGAAAAGAAUUAUCAAAUCUGGAAUUAUCGUCAAUUGAUUAUUGAUAGAAUCUUAAAAACAUCUGGUGAUGAAAAAGAAGGUUCCACUAAAAGAAAAUAUGAACCUCAUAGAGAAUUUCCCAUUUUAGAGGCCAUGUUAGACUCAGAUCCUAAGAAUCAUCAUGUAUGGUCUUAUAGAAAGUGGUUAGUAGAGAAAUUUGAUUUAUUCAAUGAUCCAAAAGAGUUGGAGUUUGUUGAUAAAUGUAUUUUAGCUGAUUUGAGGAACAAUUCAGCUUGGAAUCAUAGAUAUUUCCUUAAAUUUGCUAAAGUAGACUUGAUCACUGAAGAAAGUGUUAAAAACGAAUUACAGUAUGUGGAAUCAUUAAUUGAGCAAUUACCACAAAAUCCGUCUAGUUGGAAUUAUCUUAUUGGAAUAUAUCAAAAGCAAGGACUUAAACUUUCAGGUUUAGAAGACUUUUGUUUAAAAUUCAUAAAUUUGAAAGAAUUGGAACUCAAUGAUAAUAGUUUCAAAGCGGUUAAGAGUUUAUAUGCUUUAGAAAUGCUUGCUAAAAUCUUUUUGGAAAGAAAAGACUAUAAAGAUUCUAUUAAAGUAUACGACUUAUUAGGAACACAAUAUGAUACCAUACGUUCAAAUUACUGGAAGUAUGAAAAGAGUAAAGUUGAAACGAUAGUUGGAGGAACUACUCAUUGAGCACGUUCAACAAUAUCAAAAUUAUUCUGAUUAAAUGAUGUUAUGAAUGAUUGUAUAUAAAAUAAAAUUUCAGAUUAGUCCUUAAAUUACUAAUAAACUCUAUUACGAAUAAAUGCAUUUUAGUUCUAUAU